AUGGAGGGGGACGUGGUCAUCAAAGAGAUGGUGGUGGGGGGCAACACCGCUGUGGGAGGAAGCUUUAAGGGGGUGGCAGGGGUGAUGAAGCCCCCCACCCACCUCUCCACCCAUCACCCACCUCACACCUCCACCCACACUGCACACAGCCCCACCUACACCCCUUCCACGCACACUCCUCCGAGCAAGGCCAAACCCCCUCCCAUACCCACCACAACCAAGUCCCUCCCCACCAUACCCCACCCCAAGCCCCUCUCUCUCCCUCACCCCACCACACCCCUCCAACCCCCACACCCUGUCAAACGUCUAUCCAGUCCCCACAAAAUUUCCUCGCCCGUCUCCCCACCUACUACCACCAGAGCCUCCCCUCCCUCCCCACCCCCACAGACGACCACGGGGAGGGGAACUGGCAACCCGGCCACGCCUCCCACCCCACUCAGACCCCCCACAACUGAAGUACCAGAAGAGAAAGGGGAGGGACGAAGACAGAGGCCGCCCCUUGUCAACACCCAUGCUCCCUUGACUCUCCCUGGCCGCUGA